AUGUUGCGCAAAUUCCGGCACGCCAUCAUCCACGAACCGAAAAUCUUCGGCAACCAAGAGAUCGAAUACGACUGCGAGAUCCCCGCUGCCCUGGAACCCCAAGCCCUCGGCAGCCGCUUCACGACAGCCCCCUGGCGCGAAGCGCUGCACCCGACCAUGAGGGGCCACCUCGAAGCCUUUCGCCGACUCAUCCGCCACUCUGAGCUCGCGAAUAGAUUUCCCAAUAACGCAGGUAUUGUCGCUCCCACGGACAACGACCUCUUCGUCGUCCUCCAGCACGACCUCCUCUGGACGCACUUCGACCAAGGCACACCUCACAACGGCUCCGAGUUGAACGAGCCCCUCCGCCUCACACUAAUCAUCUACCUCUUCACUCGCAUCUGCGACUUUCAGAACCUCCCCAUGACCCAGGUUAUGGUCGAGACGCUCCGGCAAAGUUUGUACCCAGUAGUAGUGGAGGCGGAGACGGGGCCGACGAUGGAUACUGGGAUGUUGCCACCACCACCACCACCACCACUCACAUCCCUCGUCCGCACCGCACCAGACCUCCUCUUCUGGAUCCUGUUCAUCGGCGGGCUGGCCUCGCAGGGAUACAGUUCGCACGCAUGGUUCGUGCACCACCUCGCCAGUCUGGCGCUGGAGUUGGGACUGCAGGAGUGGAUGGGUGAUGUGCGCCCGCUGCUGGGAGAGUUCUUCUACACGGGUGGAAUCAGUCAGGGGCAAGCGGAGACUGCCGGUGAGGAUCUGUGGAGUGAGGUUUUCACUUAUCUGCAUGCGGAGAGGUAUCAGCAUACUGCGCUGAGACCAAGUAGGUCACAGUAG